UGCCCGGGUUCACUAAUGCAGCGCGGGAUCGCGCACAGCGCUGUUCUGAUGCGAACAGCCGCCACGAGAACGCGCUGCUAGCGUCUGUUGGCCUAUAUCUGUUAACUGCAGUAAAAUACCUCCUGAUGGACUGAAAACGCGGUGGAACAGGCUCUACGCAGCUCUUUACUGAAGGGCUAUGGCGCAUCAGCACGGCUCGUGUGAGCUCUCAUGGGAUGCUCAGUCCCCUCGAGGCAUCUCACUCACGGAUCACGACUCCGGAGUGGAAGAUGGAGACGACAGUCCCAGCAGCCCUCCCCUUUCCGUGGAAAACUCUACCAUCUAUGUGGCUUUCAAAGGGAACAUGAGUGAUGAGGACUUUCAGGAGAAGCUGGAUGCUGUCUUAAACGGGAUGCCAGAUAUGCUACUACUAGGUACUAAGAGGCUUGAACCCGAGCGAGUGGAGCCGUGGAACAGUGUACGAGUCACUUUCAACAUCCCCAGAGAGGCGGCCGAGCGACUGCGUCUGCUGGCUCAAAACAACCAACAGCAGCUGCGAGAUCUGGGCAUCCUCUCAGUGCAAAUUGAAGAACCACAGAACAAGGGCUGUGUCUCCAUCCUCCAACUGACAUCACCAGCAGGUGAAGGAGCCAUUAAUGUUGCUGUUGGACAGAACAGAGGUCAAGAAAUAAGGGUCAAUGGACCGCUCGCUGCACCUGGGCAGAUGAGGAUGGAUGUUGGCUUCCCAGUGCAGCAGGGCCAGGGUGGAAUGCGAAUGAAUAAUCCUUCAGUGUCAAUGAUUCCCCCAGUGGCUAAUAUGGCUGCACAGGGUAUGGUACUGAAUAGUGGCGGACAGAUGUACCCAAGAGCACCAAGACCACCUUCACAGACAGACACAAUUGAUCCUAUGCUGCCAGGGCUGGCCUUACAGCAACAACAGCUCCAGCAUCCACAAGUGGGACAUGGUCCACUUGGCACCUUGGGCCCCCAGGGCCAUCACAUGCAAGCCAUGCAAGCAAAUCGACAGUUAAACCCAGCAGCCCUUCAGCAACUUCAGCAGCAGCAGCAGCAGCAGCAACAACAACAGCAGCAGCAGGUUCAGCUAGCUCAACUAAGUGGUUCACGGGGUCCUUUCAACCCCUCAAACCAGAUGCCUGUACCUCCUGGCUGGAACCAGUUGCCCUCUGGUAUUCUCCAGCCGCCACCUGUCCAGGGUCCUAUUGGACCAGGUUGGAGGAAAGCCCCACCACAACCACAAAUGGGGCAACGUCAACCCUCCUUGGCUUCUGUUCAGACGCCCAGUCAUCCCCCACCUCCAUAUCCAUUUGGCAGCCAGCAGGCUGGUCAGGUUUUCAAUACAAUGGCACAGCACCAGUUACAACAACAGCAGCAGACUGGGACAAACCAGUUUGCAACCCCUCAGCCCAAAGGCCCCCAUGGAGCACCAGGAGUGGUCAGCUCAAGAGUACCUCCUCCCCUGCCUCCCUCCUCUGCUCCGCAGGGGAAUCUUGCAGCUAAGUCCCCUGGUUCUUCAUCUUCUCCUUUUCAACAGGGAUCACCUGGAACUCCGCCAAUGAUGGGGCAGGGGCAACUCGGUCCACGUCCCACAACCCCACAGGGAUUUCCACAGGGCAUUGGAUCACCAGGAAGAGCUGUAAUGGGCCAGCAAGGAAACAUCCAGCCAGGCUUUAUAGGUAUUCCCCAACAUGGUCAGAUUCCUCAAGGUGGUAUGGGAGGUAUUCCCAAAAGAAUGCCCAUGGGGUUCCCAAAUGCUCCUGUAAAUCAGAACUUUGCACAAGGACAGGUUACUACCAGUGGAGCCGGUAGUACACCCCAACUACAAAACAGUCAGAGCAUGGCAAACACUGGUGUCCAGUCUUCAACCUCAGGACCAAACCACAUGCAGUCUAAUCCCCUUCAAGGUGGUGGAAUGAGCCAUCACACUGGUAUGCCAGUUCAAACCCCAGGAACCACCUCAGGAGGAAGUAUGGGGCAGCCUCAACAAGGCCUUCAGACUCAAAUGAUGGGUAUACAGCAGUCACAGCAUCAAACACAGACAGUAGCUUCCUCCCAAAGUCAAAUGGUACAAAGCCAAACAGGGGGCCAGACUGUCCUGUCUAGGCCAGUGAAUACAGGGCAGCGAGGGAUGACGCCUCCCAAGCAAUUGAUGCCACCACAGGGUCAAGGGAUAAUGCAGAGCCAAAACCAACUCGGUGGAGGACAGGGACAUCAGGCAUUAUUACUUCAACAACAGCAGCAGCAACAACAGCAGCAACAACAAAAUGCCAUGAUGGAACACAUGGUAGCUGGUCAGAUGCAGAGUAACAAGCAGGCCUUUGGCCCCAAAGGUCAGCCUGGGGUCAUGCAAGGCCAUAUGAUGAAAGGCCCUUCACCCAAUAUGCAAGGUAACCUGCCACAGUUCCAGUCUCAGAUUGGUCAGCAACAGAUGGCUCAGCAUCAGCAACAGCAACAAAUGGCUCAUCUGCAACAACAGCAGCAAUUACAGCAACAGCAUUUACAACAACAGCAGCAGCUACAACAACUGCAACACCAACAGCCACAACAGCAGCAAUUACAGCAACAGCUACAGCAGCCCCAUCAGCAGAUAGUGCAACAACAGUCACAACAAAUUCCAAUGAAUGGCAACCCGAACCAAGCAUUAGGAAUGCAUGGGCCUCAAAUGCGACUUCCAGGAAGUCACCAUUUAGUUCAACAACAGCUUCAGCAAAAACAACAGCAACAGCAGGUGAUGCUGCAGCAGCAACAGGCUGGACAGCAACUUCCACAUCAGCUAGGAGAGGGAGGUGGAAGCUCAGCUGAUAUGAGCCAACAGAUGGUUCCAGACAUGCAGAAUCAGCAACAACAGCAGGGUAUGUUGGGAGGUUCUCAACACUUGCAGGUGGGCAAUGGCCAUUUUCCUGGUCAUGGCAUGUCAUUCAAUCCUCAGUUUACUGGUCAGAUGCCAAUGGGAGGACCCUGUGGACAGGCAGGUGGAUUUCCAAUAAAUAAAGAUGUGACAUUAACCAGUCCCUUAUUAGUUAACCUUCUCCAAAGUGAUAUUUCUGCCAGCCAGUUUGGACCUGGUGGGAAGCAGGGAACAGGUGGGGCUGCUGCUAACCAGGCCAAGCCUAAAAAGAAGAAACCACCUCGUAAGAAAAAACCCAAAUUAGGUGAAGGACAACAAUCAGCUGAAGGUCUUUGUGGUCUGGAUUCAGUGCCUCAUGGAUUGGAGGAAGCAGAGAUGCAAGGGUUGGGUUGUGAUCAAGGGGCUGCGAUUGACUCUAACUCGAAGCUUUCUGAAUUUGCUAAUCGGCAAGGUGUACCUGGUCAAUCUGGAGAUCAACGGGUAUUGCAGCAAAUGUCAAUGCAGUUUAUGCCCACCCAACAGCAACAACAGUUACAGCAGCAGCAACAACAACAGUUACAGCAGCAGCAACAACAACAGUUACAGCAGCAGCAACAACAACAGUUACAGCAGCAGCAACAACAACAGUUACAGCAGCAGCAACAACAACAGUUACAACAGCAGCAACAGCAGCAGCAACAGAUGCAACAACAGCAACAGAUGCAACAACAGCAUCAACAGAUUCAGCAACAGCAAAUGCAACAGCAACAGAUGCAAAUGCAGAGUAUGCAAGGUCCUCUAGGUCAAGCUGGAAUAUCACAAGGACCUCAUCAUGUCCAGUCUCAGAUUAAUUCACAACAAUCGAUGCCGAUCCAACAGCAGCAGCAACCACAACACCUCCAACAACAAUUGCAAUCACAACCACAACAGGUGCAGCAACAACAACAGCAGCAGCAACAAAUGAUGAUGAUGCUUAAAAUGCAACAGGAAGCUAAGAAUCGAAUGCCAUUACAACAAGGUGGCCACAUGUCAAAGGGUCUUGUUAAUCCUACUGAUCCCACUCAGAGAAUGCCUGUAUCAAAGCAGGGCAACGUACCUGUAAUGAUUGAUCUUCAAGGGCAUGGAGGUGUUCCACCUUCUCCAGAUAAAGCCAGAGGGAUGCCACUCAUGGUGAAUACAUCUAUCUCUGGACCAGCGAGAAGGACACCCCUUCCAGAGGUUGGACAAUCGACACCAGAGGAAACCCCUGGAACUCACAGCUUGCAGGAAAGGGGAUCCCUUGAAAUCGGUCCCCAGUCAGGAAAUGGAAAUCAACAAAUGAUUCCCAACCAAGGUCCUAAUACUCAUUUAUUGAAGUCUGUGCCCUUAUCAGUGGCCCACCAGCCUGGAGCAAGCCCCCAACAGCAGUCACAGCAAGUGUCAGCAAUGGUUGGGUCACAUAAUAUUCACUUUCCCAGUGCUCCUUCAACUUCCCAAAGCUCCCGCCCCAAAACCCCUAACAGGGCUAGUCCCCGACCAUAUCACCACCCUCUAACUCCAACCAACCGUCCACCUAGUACUGAACCCUCUGAAAUAAAUCUGUCCCCUGAGAGACUGAAUGCCUCUAUUGCUGGUCUUUUCCCUCCUAAAAUUAACAUUCCUCUGCCACCACGGCAGCCAAACCUUAAUCGAGGCUUUGACCAGCAGGGUCUAAACCCAACCACCCUUAAAGCCAUUGGCCAGGCUCCACCAAGUCUAGCAACUCUCCCUGUCAACAAUAACACCAGUGGUAACAAUAAUGGCCCGCAGUCUUAUCCGUCAGGUAGUGGCAUGGUAAGCUCUGGAGGUAAACAAGAUAAACAGCCUGGAAUUGGGCAAGCUAAACGGGCUAGUCCCAGUAACAGUCGACGAUCAAGCCCUGCCUCUAAUAGAAAAGCUACCACUCCAAGCCCAGGAAGACAGAAGGGGGCCAAAAAUGCACUGACAUCACCUCCACACCAGCAACAAAUGCCAGGUCCACAGACCAUGAUGGUUAGUCCCACCUCAGUGCUCCCAGCUACCUCUGCAUGUCUGCCAUCAGUAGGACCUGGAGAAUCACAACAGAAUUCAAAUGCUCUGCAAUCUCUACCUGGUAGCACCGAUACAGUUAGAGAUGGCCAGGGACCUGCUCCACAGUCAGAGCAGCAUCAGACAGUUAAAUUAAGAGAGCAGCCUGCUCCUAAAAUGACAAGUCCUCGGGUGCCAUCUCUGGAGCCCAAAAGUCAAGAACCUAACAGUUUGGUUGAACAGCGGGCGGAAGAUAAGCACCAGCCUCAGACAACACCACAACAAGAGCUUGGCUCUUCUAUAUCACCAGGUUUUAGAGAUGCUCCAACCUCUCUCAAUCAACUAUUGGACAAUACAGGCACCCCACCACUGUCAAUGAAAUCUCAAAAUAAUCGUCAUUUAGGUGGAGAUCAUACGCAGAAAGAGAGCCCUCGUACUCUGUUAGAUCAAGCAAGCCAAUCUAAUCGUGUUGUCUUGCAGAGCACAGAUAGGGGCCCCUCUUUGUCUACAGGUGAAACUGACCAGAAACCUAAAUCUAAUUCAGUAUCAAGCCCAAACCUUGUCCCCAGUAGCAGUCAAAAUAUGCAGUCCGUCAGUGCUGUAUCAAGUGGUAGUUCAAAUCAAACUGUGCUCUUAAGCCUCACUUCAAUUUCCAACCCUUCAGUAAGUUCAAGUCAUAACCUUAUACCCAUCACAAAUACAUCUCAAACAGUCUUGCAAAGACCAAUCUCAUCAGCAUCAACUCCACAAAACCAGAUCACAGUAUUUGUAACCUCCAAUCCUAUUAGCUCUGCAACCAACACUGCUUCUGUAGUUCCCCCAGCUGUUGUUUCCAAGGUGCUUGCGGUUCCCAAUAAAAAUAUAAGACCCCCAGAUAUUCGUCAACAAAACCCUACCCAAACACGUCCACAAUUCAUCACAGGACCUGUGUAUUCAAUAUUUCAAGCUACAUCUGUACCAUCAAGUACCAGUGUCAUGUCUCAACCUGUCACUAUGGUUGGUCCCAUAGUCUCUGCAAACAUCCAACUUAACCCUACCCCAGUGUCAACUACAUCACCACCCUCUGCACCAGUAUCGACACCUUUGGUAACAAACUCGCCUGCUGUCAGCAUAGCUUCUAGUCAGCAAGGCCGCACUGUCAUUGGGCAGCUUCAAGUUCAAGUACCUGCAAGUCAGGCUUCCCCUGUAAGCAUAGCACCACAGCCUCAACAGCCAAGCCCAGGUGUUGCAAAACAGGAAAGUGUCUCUGAUGCCACUGGCUCAAAACCUAGUUCUGUUGGACAAUCAUCCUUACACUCUAACAUGCAAUCAUCACACUUUCAGCAUCUUUUAGCCUCUUCACCUGCUUGCUCUAGCCCAGGGGCUACAGCUGUUGCUCGCAAAAGUCCCUUGUCUCCAAUAACAACGUUAGCCAAAGGCAGUCCAAUCCUGACUGUUGUAAGCAAAAAUACUGCCCCCAGCAUCUCUUCAAACAGUGAUGGUCAAAAAGAGCAAAAUCCCAUCACUCAGAUAGGAAAAACUGUGGAUGUUACCACGCCUUAUGCCUCUUCUGUGGUCACAUCUGUGAUGGUAUCUUCACUCCGACCUUCUGCUCCAGUGACAGUUCCAACUGUUCAAGUAGCAUCUCAGCAGUCCGCACUUCCUUCGAAAGUCUCUUCUCCUGUAUCUGUGUCUACUCCUUUUCCAGUCCCCACUUCCAUGCCGACAUUUAAUCUGCCUCCCCCAGCCUCUUCCUCUACCAUACUUCACCUUUCUAGUCCUGUUACUAAUUCUUCACCACCCUCUAAUUUGCCUGCAAGUUCAGUUGCUCCACCUGCCGUUCCUCUAGGAACUCACACUACCACUUCUAGCUCCUCCACAGCAACAUCCCAACAACGCUCUUUGGAACAGCAGCCUUCUUCACUGGUGGAGAGAAGUCUACCUGACUCCACCGAAACAAAGGAAGCCAUUAUUGAUGCUCCUAGCCUCUCAGCUCAACCUGAAACUACACAAGGAGACCAACCUUCAAGUGAUCAAGCUGGACACGGGGUUACCACCGCAACAGAACAAGGAUGGGCAAAGAAAAGAAAGACGCCCGUCAACUUAGCCCCAAGGGAUACAAGGGCCACUGCUGAGAAGGCAAAAGGUCCUAGUCGACGGAGUUCACGAACAGACAAGGAACCCGAAGAGGAAGCAUCCGACAAUAGCCUGAGAAAGAGGGCUGCAAGGCCAGGGUCAGCCUCUUCUAACACAGGAAAAGAAUCGAACACUGGAGCCAGUCCCACCCAGGCAAAACGAAGGAAGUCAAAGUGAUCCUGAAACUGAAUAAACCUGUGAAUUAUACAUAAUUCUUUUUGUUUUUGUUCUCUGAACUUGUUUUAUCUGCUGUUUUUACUUGUGUUUUGAGCAAGAUAACCAUGUACAGGUUUUUUGUUUUUUUUUUUUUUUGUGUGAAAUCAAGAUACUGUAUUUUGUCCCUGGCUACUAGAUGAUAUCAUGUUUUGAAUUGUGUGUGAUUUGUUUAUAUGUCAUUGUUUUGGUGUGACUAUUAUUAUUAUUGUUAAUAAUAUUGAUAAAUUCUGGGUUAAUCAUGUGAUGCAGACUAAGAAUAGAAUCAUGUCUAUAGCAUAACUUUAUAAUAUUGUGACAGGAUCAGAAUUUUUACAUAAAUCAUAACGUAAAUCAUUAAUUAACUGUGCAUUUCAAUACUGUCAACACCUGCGUUCACCCCUUUAGACCCCGGAUCACAUGCAUUAAACUUCUUUUUUUUUUCUUUUUUUUUUUUUACAAGUGUAUGUUUGACUUGCGUUUUUGUAUAUCCACUAAUAAGAGCAAAGAUUUUGACUGGAAGGGGGUCCAGAAAGGAAUACUGCCUUUUAGCACACAUACAUCACCCAGAUGUAUUUAAUGUGUAUUUAAAUCUGGAAGAUGUAAUUUUUUUUUUUUAGGUUGUUUGCUCAUCUGCAAUAGGUCUAUAGGAUGAUUCCUCUCAGAUGUCGAUAAGACAUUCAGCAGCUGUCUUUGAAACCUUUAUGAAUUAGAACAUUUGUAAAUCUGAUUUUUUUUAAAUGUUUAGCAGAUUUUAAUUAGAAUGUGAUGCAUUCCAGAUGAAAAGAUCUAAAACAGACAUUUUGGUGAUGUAUGUGCGCUAUCUGGGCUAGCAUACUAUUAUACUAUGCACACUAUUUUUGGAAAAAAAGUAUGUGAAACUACAGAAAAUGUGAGAACAAACAUUGCAAACAGUAGUAGGCCUGUAUGUUACUCCGAACAUAGCCAAGGACUUCAUUUUGGGAAUAAAAUCGUUAUGUGGA